UGUCGGACCGGAAGGAAAUUUUUCCCCGGGUCGCUGCAGAAACUGCAGCUGGAUGUGGUUGGCCAACAUAAAACUGGACGUAAAAUGAUUUCUGGUUUGCAAAGAUACAUCAUAAGCUAACUGUUAUCGGAUAUCUAAAGGAGACACCGCUCGACUCGGAGGAUGAAGGUAAAGAUCCGACAGUGGAACGGAGUGGCCUCCUGGCUGUGGGUGGCCAAUGAUGAAAACUGUGGGAUCUGCAGGAUGCCCUUCAAUGGCUGCUGCCCAGACUGCAAAGUGCCUGGAGACGACUGCCCACUGGUCUGGGGUCAGUGCUCCCAUUGUUUCCACAUGCAUUGCAUUUUGAAAUGGCUGAACUCGCAGCAGGUCCAGCAGCAGUGCCCCAUGUGCCGACAGGAGUGGAAGUUCAAAGAGUGAACCUGUGGAGGCAGUGCUGCUGCACACACCUGCAGAGACUCUCACAGAAGCCUGUUCAUGUAUUUCAUUUUUGUAUCUGCUGUAAAUAAUGUUUUUGUACUUCUCCAUUUGACCAAAUGCAAAAGACAUUUGGAAUGUAUUCUGGUGAUAGAGGUCGUAUGUAGUUAAAUAAAGAAAAACCUACAUCACA